ACCGAUUUUUAUCAGUGUUUUCUGCACGUUUGGCAGAUCUUGACACAUUUGCCCCUAAAUGAACAGAUACAGCAGAAACAUGGCAAGAAAAAAAAAACAGUCUAAAAAUGGCCUCAAUACCUAAUUUCCCCUUUGGAGGAGCUGCAGGGAAACAUAACACUUCAGCCAUUGGCUGUCCGGGAAUGCUGGGAGUUGUAGUUUUGCAACAGCUGGGGGGUCUACAUUUAGGAGCCUGGCUCCGGCUGGACGAUGCCCAUCACUUCUCACCCAGUAGAUUUGGCUUCCAGAUUAAGGUUAAUAUUAAAGGGAAAUAAUCUGUGGAUAAAUAAAUCAUUCUGCACAUGAUACGGGUCCUGCGCACAAUCCACACUGCUACAUUAUAGUGUACGGGACGUAAUCUGCAAAAGGAUGUUGCUCCUGACGUGUUCGGUGAAGCUCGCGGCUCUCAGACGUCUCCUCACUCACAGUUUCCCGGAGUCUCUGAAGGUUUGUGGGGCUUUACAGUACGCUCUCGACAAAAACCCCUUUGGGCUGCAGGUUGUUGUGGACCAGUGGCCGGACUUCACCUCAGUCAUGUGUCGCCCCCCACUGGAGGAGAUGACUGACCCCUCCGACCAUUACACCAACACCUAUUUCCUCUUCAGUAAAGACCCUCAGGGGCUCCGUCACUUCCUCCAAGACCCUCAGACUGUGAACUGGAAGCAGAAUCUACAGAUACAAGGGUGCCAACCAAUGUUGACCGGCGUUCUCCAAGAGGUCAGCUCCAAACAUGGCAGCCAGAUGACAACCACCAGUAACCUGCUAUAUAUGAGGGACGCCAUAUCCAGCGAAGACCUGGAGAAGAUGAGCAAAUUAAGUUCAGAUGAGUUCCAGUUCACCCCACUCCAGAUCCACGAGGCUCCUUAUGUAAACGAUACCUGGAUUUACGGUAUGAACCAGCAUAGCCUUCACUUUGUAGAGCGUUGCAUCCAGACCUUCCCUUCCAUCAGUGUCCGUAAAAAGGGCGUGGACCGGCCGAUCGCCUGGGUGCUCACUGACCAUUCUGCAUCAAUACGGAUGGGGUAUACCUCCCCAGCCUACCGGAAAUUGGGACUAUCCUCCAUUAUCCUACACAAGUUUUCUGCCAUCUAUCAGGAGAAGGGGUUCCCAGUGUAUGCCUUCACCGCGCCUGAUAAUAACGCUGGUCAGGCUACGCUCAGCAAAGCGGGAUUCGUGCAGAGGGGCAUCGAGCUACAUUUUAACUUCCAGCGAAAAGUAUAAGAGGACAAUGUCAAAAAAUGGAAAUCAAGGCCCAAAAGGUCAGGAAAUACAUUUUCAAUAGAAAAAGUGGAAUCUGGCAGCGGCUCAUCUCCCCCAGAACUGAAGGAUCGGCCGUCUUAAAACCCAAAAGCCUGAUCCUUCUUUUCCCCAACAUCUGCCAUUGGUCAGGACCCCCCAGUAGACAGUAAUUGAGCAGACGGUCCCACUAAGGUUGGUGACUUCAGACGAAUGUCAUGAAGUUAGGAUGGAAUCCCUCGGUAAUCUCUACGGUAAUCCCUACUUGAGGACACAUGUCUCCGGCGCUUUCAUCUAACGCUCUUGUAAAGUGUUGAUUA